ACUCGGACCGUUACGCAGUAAUGCAUGGUCCUAUGUUGAUUUAGAUGGAUGGUAAAGGUUUUUCAAGAUCUGAAAAAGUUUGUUUUAGCAUUUAGUAAGUACAGUUGUAUGGAGAAAUUACUCCAGUGGUAUGAACCCAUAUCUAGCAUGUCUCAACGGCUUUCGCGCCUUUCACUUUAUGGUAGGUGUUAAGCUGAUUAAAAGGUGCAGAUAGCUUGUGGGCAGUUGGGUUGAUUAACAUGUAUUGGCCUUUUGUGACUUCCUAAAUGGAAUGAAAAUCGUGUUAAAUCUCAGUUGGUCGUGAUAUCACUUCGAAUCAAAGCCUGUAGCUGUCAUGCUACUACUCUAUCAGCCGAAAUGAAUUCUAAUCUGUAUACCUAUGGCACUCAACGACUGCGUAAUUAUUGUUUGUGUACUCAAUGCAUGAAGAUCACGUGACAUUGCAAAUUUACCAUUGGCAUUUUAGGUCUCAGCGGCACACACAGCUUAUAAAAUUCAGGUGGACCAUACAUGAUAAGCUCGUAUGAUUCUCUUUCCUUUAGAUCAUUAUAGGUUAAACAGUCAAUUAACUCUUCUUCUUCUUCUGAUCACCCUGCUGUCAACUGCUGUUAUUGUAUCGUUUUAAGACCUCUUAACCUGGGAUCUCAGUGUAUCAUUGACAUCGCAUCAAAUUAGUCAUCUCAGUUUAUGUUAACAACACUGGAGCCUUUAUCUGAUUUCUUUUCUCUUUCAAUCUGAACUGACUAUCCUGUCUGGUUUCGUCAUAAUUUUUGGUGAUCAUGGGUACUCGCGAGAAGUAUGUAUUUUAUAGGGAAAGGCAAGAAUGGAAUGACGUUACUCCAAUCCCUCAGGAUGAUGGUGGUCGGUACAUUGUAAAUAUUGCGUAUUCAGAAGAGUUUGUUGAUGCACAUGAUUAUUUUCGUGCAGCGCUAAUGAAAAACGAGCGCAGUGAACGAACAUUUUCUCUAACAUCUGAGAUUUUAUCGUUAAAUCCAGCUAACUACACAGCUUGGGAGUAUAGAAGACGAAUCAUUGAAGAAAUUUCGCCAGAUCUAGUAGCUGAAUUGCGUUUAGUUGGCGGUCUUAUUGAGGAACAUUCGAAAAACUAUCAAUUGUGGCAUCAUCGACAGUGGGUUGUGGAGAAAUUAUCAGCACACUGUACCAAUGGGUCACCUUCCGAUGUCCUGACACAUCUUGGUUCAAAUGAAUUGGAUUUUGUUGGUGAUGUUAUUUCAGAUGAUCCUAAGAAUUACCAUGCUUGGCAGCAUCGUCGAUGGGCUGUAACGUUUUUUAAGAUACCUGUUGAGCAAGAAUUGACCUUUACCGAAAAAAUGCUGUUAGAUGAUGUGCAUAAUAAUUCAGCGUGGAAUCAUCGUUACUACAUUGUAACGCGUGAUGAAGGUCUAUCUUCCUCUGUUCUUCAGCGCGAAAUAGAUUUUGUUCAAAAGCAAAUCUCCUUUGCACCGAAUAAUGAAAGUUCGUGGAAUUAUUUUUAUGGAUUGCUGAUUCCUCUUGUACAUGACAAAAAGCCUAUUUAUUGUACGGUAUCUAAAUCCACAGGUGAAACUAUUUCUAAUAAUAAAGAAGAUAUUAUUUCUAAGAUUGAACUUAUGCGAAGAUUUGCUGAAGAUUUGAUUGCAACAGAUCGUACAACUAGUGACUGCCUAGCGCCGCUUAGUUUCUUGGUUGAAGUUUACACUGAUUAUCUAGAGUCAUAUUUUUCACAGGAAUUAACUGAUAUGCCUGAAAAACUAAAUAGUUCAGAUGUCGUUGGAUUUACUAGUCACCAAUCUUCUACCAAUAAAUGCAAUAUCAAGGAGAUUUUCGAUCGAGCUAUCAGUAUAUGUGAACGCUUGGCUAGCGAAGUGGACAGAAUUCGAGCCAAUUAUUGGCAGUAUCGAGCUCGUCAGUUAUUGUGUUUCACUGAAAAAGUCAACCUAGUAUCUGACACUAUUAAAUCAUAAAUCUUUUUAACUUACAGUAUUUUAUUGAAUAUCUAUGCAAUGUUGUUUCAUUCUGAUAUUUAUAUUUUAUUCUACAGAUAUAUAUGAAUACAAAUAUUUUUAUCAAGAUUUCUUUUUCGAUCACAUUUCCAAUUAUUUUGUUCAUUUUUGGGUAACAAAUACUUGGGAUUGACUGUCAAGAAAAUCUAUAUCUUGCGAUUGUUAAGUGAGAUUAGUGUACAGCUUCUGGAAAGGUUACUUUUCACUAACGAUGAAACACUUGCCACUGAUAAACCGGAAAACCCUACCGCAAAAAUUUAAGGCUGUAACUGACUUUGCAUGACUACAGUGCAUAUUUGAUCUUCAACUGAUGAAAAGUAUUCUUAUACUCUUUUCUUCACUGUCGUUAAGCUUGCGAACUAGGGCUGUCUUACUUAUGGUUUAAGAGAAGCUAUUUUUCUCUGGUGUUAUCCGGAAAGCAGUAUUUGUAAGUGUAAAUUACUGUAAUCUCAGCAUGUUUUUUCUACUUGGAUUAUUUAAUGACAAUAAAACAAGCCAGUAACAUAUUUCGGGGAGGAGCGUAUAUUAAAACCCGAAAUUGUGAAAAAUACAUGUGCAGGUGUACUAGGUCAGUUAUAACCUGGUGUUAUUGACUGUUGUUUGGCGUUGCAAUGUAAAUGACUGACCAUUUUUAUAAAGCCAUUAAGAAGAUGAAAGAAAAAUGACUUCUUUCCUCAGAAGUUUAGCCCUAAAAGAUACUAAAUUGGACAGGUUUAGUAAGUGUUAUUUUGGUAGCUAUAUAUGUUGGCUCAUAGUGAUUAUAACCUCUCAGUUCACAAUUACUUUGUUAUAGGUAUUAUAUUCAAUACGAGUAUUUAUCUCUCUGUUCUUUUCCUUUUCACUCUGUUUGUAUGUCAUUAGCCCCUACACAAAAGUGUGAUUUAUAAUCUUUUGGAUGAAUGUACGGGUGGUAGAUGAGUCGUCGAUAUGGUUCAAAAGCGGUUAUUCGCUAUCCACUACCGUUUCGGAGUUUGACUGUUAUAUCCUGUUUAAAAUCCCUCAUUUGUUAUCUACAAUAAUUUAAAAAUUGCCAUCAGUUUUCGAAGCAAUUAAUAAUUGAUACUUUGUUGCAUUUUAUUGUUUUUUGUUCAAAAUAGUCAUACUUCUUAAACAUGAAUAGUGAGCGCAUUAUUCGAAAAGGCGAGUUAUGAGUCAGGAUUACAGCCUUUCACAAGGAAUUCUCAAUGAUGCAACGUCCUCAGAAGAUGAAUCAUCGCAUGCAAGAACGUGCUCAAAUACGUUUUUCUGAUGCAUACAAGAUAUUUCAAGA